ACCCUUUCCUUCCUCGGCUUCGUUUCGUGCUUUCCUCAACCUCCCCACUUCCGUGGCGCGCAGUUUGUCCGCUGCUUCACGGAAAUUCCUACGGGACCUGUAUAUAUUCGCUGCGCAGGCGGCCCCGCCUCCGGCCGUUGUUGUCUCCGCUCACCCCGCCAGUAUCCCGGCGUCCCAAUUCCAGGAACUUUCGUCGCGUCAGGUGAUGCUUUUAGCAACUACAAGCAUAGAACAAUGUUGAUGCACUAUGAUGUGGAUAGAAGUGAGGACCGGCAAAGUGAGGAGGUUCAGUCAGCAUACAGAAGGGACAGUGACAUUGGUGAGGAAAUGAUAAUAAGUAGCGAAGAGCAAAAUGAUGAAAAUGAAUGGAGCUGGGUGAAUCAAGAUAGAGAUGGUGGUCCUCUUGCUGAAUCGGUUUCUUCACUUCAUAUGACACAGCAAGUCCUUGAAAAUGAGAUACAAAAAUUAUCAGAACUUGGCAAAGAACUUGAGGCGGAGGAAUCCACUUCUGGUAACAAAGACCAAGAUGUGAUCGUUUUGCCGUAUGCAGAGGUCGAUAUGUUGAAAUUGAAUGAGAAGAUGGAGCAUCUUGAACAAAAAGUGAAAGAAGUGUCAAACACCAUCAGAGAGAAAGACUUAAGGCUUUCCAAGCUUCAAAUACUGAUCGGUACUGCAGAUAGGGCAACGGUGGAGGAGGCAGCAGCUAGCAUCGACCAGCUAGAGACAGAGUUCGAGCACCAUCUCCAGGAGAUACUGGAAGCUGAAAUCCAGUAUCUGGUGAUGAUGAAAGCGAGGCAGAACUGGCAGGUCCGGGCAGAAGACCAGAUGGCCUUGGAGGAGCACAGGGCGUCUGCUGCCGGGGACAACACCAGGAUGCUGCUCAAGCUACGAGAGACGGAGAGCAAGAUCGUGAUGUUGAAAGAGCAGGUGGACAAGCUGGAGGUCCGGGAGAAGGAUCUCUACCGGACGACCGAGGUCCUGAAGAUGCAGAGCAGGACCUUCAAAGUGUCCCUCUUUGGCCUCGUCCAGCUGAUAAUGAUGUGCCUGUCCCUGAAGAUGUUCUUCGCGCAGGUCUCGGCGCCGUUUGACGAGGUUGUGCCGACAUGAUGAUGCCCUGCCUCGUUUGGAUGCAUUCGUAUCCACAUGGAUUGACGUGCUCAGUUGGUGUUCUCUUCCGUCUGUAACUUCGUUCGCCGGGUUUGUGAUGUCUUAACGUGUAUCUUACUGUAGCUGUAGGCCUGUAGCCAGCACCCAGCAGGUAGUAUAGUUUCUUAGUCGUACAUGCACUUGUGAUGAUAUACGUCAGAAGCUACGCGUGUUCUGUAAAAACUAAUAAUGUAGGUCUGUGCAUAAAUUGGGUUCGAUUGACAACUAGGCUAGCUGACGGUCUGCAGCUACCAAAUCAUGGAUUAAUUAG